GGCGGUGUCGCUUAAUGCCUGCAGAGCGCAGGGGGAAGAUGGCGGCCGUCAUGCAGCAGUUGCUGGAACGCAGCGAAAUUUCUAAGCUCCCCAAAGCCGUCCAAACGAAACUUGAGAGGGUUUUCAGUGAGCACCAGGCUGACGUGGACUUCCUAAAGGCCCAACAUGAACGGUUCAAAGUGGACAGUGAACAACAGUAUUUUGAGGCUGAGCAGCGUCUGGCACAGCAGCGGGAGCAGCUGAUGUUGCAGACUCAGCAGAAUCAUAAGCUCCAGCAAGAGCUCACAAAGCUUAAUGAUGAUAUGAAGAGUCUGAAGGAAAAGGAGGCACAAUGUGAAACACUGCAAGAGAAAAUAUCAUUACAAGAGGCUCAGUUUUUCAAGACAAAAUCUGAACUUGAAUCAGAAAAACAAGAGUUGGUCCGGACUCUUGAGAAAAGGCAUCAGGAAGUGGAACAUUUUAAUGAGGACUUGAAGCGGCUGAGUGACAGAUUUGCAGAGACCAAUGCAGAAAAGAUGGCUCUUCAGUUGAAAGUUGACAAACUUCAGGAAUUAGAGGUUUCUAUUAAGUACAGAGAAAAGAGAAUGGAGCAGGAGAAGGAGCUUCUCCAGAGCCAAACCACUUGGAUGAAUGCAGAGUUGAAGGCCAAAAGUGAGGAAUUGCUCUCGCUGUCUCGUGAUAAAGGCAAUGAGAUCCUUGAGCUUAAAUGGAACCUGGAAAAUAAAGAGGAUGAGGUUAAAAGACUUGAAGAGCAAGUGGUUUCACUGAAGGCAUCUAACGAAAACUUUCAGAAACAGGCAGAAGACCUUAUGAGUAAACUAAGAGAGGAGAAAGAGCAACGUACUAGUAUGGAGGAGAAGUUCCGUAAUGAAUUGAAUGCCCACAUUAAGCUCUCCAAUUUGUACAAGGGUGCAGCAGCAGAUUCUGAUGCAAAGAGUGAGGAGUUAAGCCAAGCAGUGAAAGAGCUUCAUAAGCUGUUAAAGGAGGCAGGUGAUGCUAACAAAGCCAUAGAGGCUCGGUUGCAGGAAACUGAGGCAUCCAAGGAUAAGAUGGAAGCUGAACUAAGGGAAAAGAUUCAGUCCAUGGAGAAAGAGCUGGAAAAUGCCAAUGAGCUUCUGUCUGAUUCUAAGCAUAGAGGAGUUGGUACACAUGCAGAAGAACAUGUGACUACCAUGUCUCCAACUGCAGCAGUUGUAUCAAAGAUGGUCAAACCAGGCAUGAAACUAACAGAGCUGUACAGUGCUUAUGUGGAGGCCCAGGAUCAACUGCAGCUGGAGCGACUAGAGAACAAAAGAGUAAACAAAUACUUGGAUGACAUAGUCAAAGAGGUGGAAGCUAAGGCACCACUCUUGAAGCGCCAGCGGGAAGAAUACGAGCGUCUGCAAAAGUCUGUGGCCAGCCUGUCAGCCAGGUUAGAGCAAGCUACCAAGGAAAUCCAUCGCUUACAGAAGGAGACUGAUGAGGCCAAUAAGCACUCCUCUGUCUUGGAAAGGGAUAACCAGAGGCUUGAUCAGCAGCUUACGGACAUGUCUCAGCAGAUUCGUGUCCUGCUGGUUGAGCUGGAGGAAGCCCGUGGGAAUCAUGUUGUCCAUGAUGAUGAGGACGUCAGCUCUACUGACAUCAGUAGCACAUCAGAGGUAAUCUCUCAACGGCUAGUCACUUUCCGUAGUGUGGAGGAGCUUCAGCAGCAAAACCAGCGCCUCCUGGCAGCCCUGAGAGAACUGGGAGCGGCAAGAGAGGAAGAGGAGAUGGAAGCUACAUCUUCCAGAACAACAGAGCUGGAGCAGACCUUACACAAGGCACAGCAUGAGGUGGAGCAGCUGCGUGAGCAGCGCAAUCACCAGAUGCAACUGGUUGAGUCUAUUGUGAAACAGAGGGAUAUGUACCGCAUCCUGCUGGCACAGACUACCGGUGUUAGCUUUCCAGCACACGGUGGGACCCCUGAGGAGCUCUCUUUUACCUCCACACCACGUCGUUCACCAGCAGUCACUCCCACUAUGGCCACUCCCUUACAGGCAGCUAUUGCUGAGUCUGCUGAAGCUACUGAGGCCAAGGCUGCUCUGAAACAGUUGCAGGAAGCAUUCAAUACUUACAAGAAAGAGAGAGUUGAGAGUGACAAAAUUAUCAGCUCCCAAAAUGAAAAGCUACAGGAACAGGUGUCUGAACUUCGUUCUCAGAACGCCAAGAUAUCAACUCAGCUUGAAUUUGCCUCCAAGCGAUAUGAGAUGCUUCAGGAGAACGUGGAUGGGUACCGCCGCGAGAUAGCAUCAUUGCGGGACACCAACCAGAAGAUGAGCACCACCAGUCAAAAGCACCAGCAAGCCAUUCACACUUUGACCGAGGACUUGAAGGAGGCCAAGGAGAAGCUAGCCUUGGCUGAGACUCGUUAUGAGAACCUCAGAAAAGAACGAGACAUGCUGAAGGUGGUUGAGUCCCGACUUAUGCAAGAGAAGGAAUCAAUCUUGGCUGAGCAACGUGGACAAAAUCUACUUUUGUCAAACCUUAAGUCUAUCCAGGUGGCCCUAGAAAGAUCAGAGACAGAGACUAGGCAACGCCUCAACAACCAGAUUGAGAAACAGGAGCGUGAGAUCACCCAGCUACAGAAAAAGUUGGAGCAAGAGGUUGAGCAGAGGCACCUGCUGGGCCGCAAUCAUGAUCUGCAGCUGAUAGAUGCUAAGAAGCAAUUGGAGGUCCAGAUUUCCUUGCAUCAGAGAACCAAGGAGCUGUUGAGAACUGCAGAACUAGAGGUCAGUGCUCUGCGACAGCAAGUCAACAGAGCAGAAAGUCAGCUGGUCUCCUCGCCAUCACACACCCAAAGCAUUGGAGGUCCAAGUGUAUCUGACCAGGAUGUGGAUGAGCUUCGGCGGUGCCUCAGGCAAGCCCAGGACCAUGCUGAAGAUCUGGAGCAGCGUCUGAAGACCACUACUAGUAGCAUGGAGCAGUAUAAGGCCAUGGCCCUCAGUGUGGAGGAAUCUCUUGAGAAGGAGAAACAGGUAACUGAACAAGCAAGAUCUGCCAUUGAGAAUAGUCUUAAGCGGUCGGAGGAAUACCGCAAGGAGCUGGAGACUAAACUGGCAGAGGCAGAGAAGGAAAAGCAGAAGCUCCAAGAAGAGAAGGACCAAGCUUUUGCUAAUGUAGAGGAGAAGAUGAAUGAAAUGAGGAAAAAUAUGAGCACCCUCCAGACAGAGCUUCAAGAUGCCCUACAGAGGGCUGUCUUGGCAAAAGCCCAACAACAGCAGGCUCUUGAGGAUAGCCAGCAGCAGGCCAAACUUGCUGCAGAGGCUCAAAACAAGUAUGAGCGGGAAAUGAUGCUCCAUGCUGCUGAUGUGGAGGCUCUCCAGGCUGCCAAGAGCCAGGUUCAGCAGGCAUCCCAGCUGCGCCACCAGCUGGAAGAGAGAGCUCAGAGGACUAGUGCACAGCUCCUGGAGGCUCGUGUAUCCUGGGAGGAGCAGGAGAAGAUCUUGAAGGAGGAGGUGUCACAGUUGAUGUCUCGUGCAGAAGACCUACAGAAACAGAACACCCUGCUCCAUGAGCAGAUGGAGACCAUGAGUAAUAAGAUAAUGGCAUCUGUUCAGCAAGCAGCCCAAGGGAGCCAGCUUGACAUUUCACUGACUGAAGAGGGCAAGUCCCAGGAUCAGCUUCUGGAGAUUCUGAGGUUUGUACGUCGAGAGAAGGAGAUAGCUGAGACAAGGUUUGAGGUUGCACAGGUGGAGAAUCUCCGUCAUAGACAGAGGGUGGAACACCUGGAAAGAGAGUUGAAAGAGCUGCAGGAUACACUGAAUGCAGAGCGUGGAAAAUUGCAGGUGACUGCAAAAACCUUGGCACAGCAUGAGGAGCUGAUGAAGAAGACGGAUACCAUGAAUGUGCUGGUGGAAACUAAUAAGAUGCUCAGGGAAGAGAAGGAGAAACUUGAACAAGAGCUGCAGCAGACCCAGGCCAAGGUACAGAAACUGGAAGCAGAUAUCCUUCCCCUGCAGGAGUCCAACGCAGAGCUCAGUGAGAAGAGCGGCAUGCUACAGUGUGAGAAAAAGCUUCUGGAGGAGGAUAUCAAACGCUGGAAAGCUCGGACACAGCACUUGGUGAGCCAGCAGAAGGACACUGAUCCAGAGGAGUACAAGAAGCUCCACACUGAAAAAGAAGCACACCUAAAGCGUAUACAGCAGCUGACAGAGGAGACAGGCAGACUGAAGACUGAGAUCUCCAGGAGCAAUGCAACCAUAACUACAAUGCAGAGCCAGGUGCAAAACUUGCGUGAGAACUUGGGUAAGGUGACCACAGAAAGGGACAACCUGAAAAAGCAGCUGGAUGCCAAAGAGCUGGACAUGCAGGAGAAAGCAAAGACAAUAAUGCAGGUCAAGAAGAUCGGGCGCCGUUACAAAACCCAGUAUGAGGAGCUCAAAGGGCGGUAUGACCAAUUGGUUGCUGAAGCUCCUACCCAGCGUGGACUGGUACAUCAGGCUGGAAAGGAAUCUGCCCAGGACAUCCAGAGCCUGAAGGAUGAACUCAGCCAAGCAGAAACUAAGGUCAAGGAGCUGGAAGAGCAAGUUGAGGCUCUGCAGAAGUCUGUAGAAGAACAUGAGACAGAAGCCAGGAGCUUCCAAGAGCAGGUGACCAAGCUGCAACCAGAAAUUACCCGGCUCCGUCAGGAGUUGCAGGAGAAGUCUGCUCAGGAGGAGCAGCUGCGGCAGCAGAUGGCUGACAAAGAGGAAAAGACCAAGAAGGUUUUUGUGGGAGCUAAGCAGAAGAUCAGCCAGCUUGUAGGUGCCAAGGAGCAGCUGUCAAGGGAGGUGGAAGAAUUGAAGUUGCAGCGGGAGGAGCUAGAAGUGCGCCUGGGUGCACUGAAGUCUCAGUAUGAGGGUCGUCUCUCUCGGCAGGAGCGUGAGCUGCGCGACUUGCGUGAACAGCAGGAGAGGCACGGCGAGCAGCGGGAUGAGCCCCAGGAGGUACAAAGCAAGCCCCAGGAGCAGCAGAGACCAACUGACCAGAGGCAGAUCUCUCUUAAGACCACCCCAGCAACUGAUAGAGGAAGCACAAGUGUUUCAGAGCCUCCAACUGCCAACAUAAAGCCCACACCCCUUGCAGCGACCCCCAGUAAGGCCCCAGCCAUUCCCUCAAACAAGGCUACCCCCAGGGCUAGCAUUCGGCCCAUGAUUACACCAGCUACUGUUCCCACGCCCACUCCUACAGCCACUGUCAUGCCCACGACACAAGUGGAAACUCAAGACGCCCAGGCCACGCCGUCCUCAGAGGGCCCAGUAGAACAUGUAACGGUGUUUGGCAGUGCCAGCGGCUCAGUGCGCUCCACCAGCCCCAAUGUGCAGCCUGCCCUGCCCCAGCCCAUCCUGAGUGUGCAGCAGACACAGGCAACAGCUUUUGUCCAGCCCACUCAGCAGAGUGUGCCUCCUGUGGAUUCUGCCAGUCAAGAGCCAGCCCCAACACCCUCACUAGAGGCAGUGCCUGGCAACCUAGUUGAGAGGCCUUCCACCUCCACAGCAGUCUUUGGAACAGUUUCAGCCACAGCAAGCAGCUCAGUUCCCAAGAGACCUCGUGAGGAGGAGCAGGAGGCUGCUGCUGCUGACAGCACUGAAACCAGGCAGGAGGAGCCUGUGGAGCCACCCAUUCCGAAGAAGCUGCGCAUUGUUCAGAGACUAGGCCCAGAGGAAGAAGUUUUGGCUGAAGACAGCACUGAAACAGAGGUAGAGGUUCCUACAGAGAAUCAGGAGCCAGCUGAUGCAGGACAGGUACCCACAGAGGAGGAAUACCCCAUAUUGGAGGAUGUGGAGGAUGAGGGCACAGUCCAGGCUGUCCCUGUGGACCAGUUGACAGCCCAGCUCCCGGAGAGUCAGCUCAUCUCCCAGGACCCCCUGGAGGAACCUCAGCAUGAUGUUAUCGUCAUAGCGUCAGACAGUGAGACAGAUGAGGAAGAGGAAGAUGAGGAAGAGCAGGAUUAUGAUGAGGAACAGGAUGAUGAAGGGGAUGAAGAUGAUGGUACUGGGAUGGGUGACGAGAGCAAUGAGGGAAGUGGCAGUGGAGAAUGUGAUGAGCCUUAUGAAGGAGAUUACAUGGAGGGAGGUGAAACAACUGACCCAGGCACUGAAAAUGAUGAGAGCAUGGGGGCAUCUGACUCCAUCCAAAGGCCAGCUGAUUUCCAGAUGUCUAGCGGAGAGGGUAGCAGUAGCACCAUGGAGGCUUUCACCACUGAACCAGCCCGGGACCAGCAGCCAAGCACUAGUUCUACUGACCGCCAGGUACCCCGCCCACCACAGUCACCACGGAGACCUGCACACCCACUUCCACCUCGCCUCAGCAUCCUCCCUGGCCAGGAGCUUGGACCCCCUACACAGCGUAUUCCAGUCCGCCGUCAGUCCACGGGUCGAGGACUUCACGUAGCCCCUGCCAGCAACUCGCAGCAGUUCUUUGAUGACGAUGACAGGAUGGUCCCCAGCACACCCAUACUAGUAGUGCCACAUCGCAGCGAUGGGUUUGCUGAAGCUGUCCACUCUCCACAGGUGGCUGGAGUUCCAAGAUUCCGAUUUGGGGCAUCUGAUGAAAUGGGCCAAGCCACUUCUUCCCAUUCAGACCUGGGACAGCUAGCUUCACAAGGAGGUCUGGGAAUGUAUGAAAGUCCUCAGUUCCUUUCAGGCCAUGAAGAUGAUUCUGGAGGACGUAGCGUUCCCACAACACCUCUGCAGGUUGCUGCUCCAGUUACCGUUUUCACAGAGACCAAUACCUCAGAUGGAUCAGAGAAUGCCUCCCAGUCAGUUCCCAUGGCAACCACAUCCUCAGCCACACAGGGUGCUCAGGAAGAGCCUAGUCUGGGUGAUGACACAGAAGAGGUGUUUAUGGAGGCAGAAGGGGAUGGAAGCAGGGCAGAAUCCUCUCUUGAACCAGAAAGCCAGGAUGAUACAGAAGUUCUGGCCCAACCAUCUGAUACGGAAAGCCUGAGUUCCACUAGCCAGGAGCCCUCCUCUAGCUCUGCAGAGACGAGCAGCAGCCAGCCGAAACCCUGGAGGCCAAACUCUGGCCGGCAGCUACAGCGCUGGAGAGAGCAAAGGGGCAAGGAUGUCCGAAGAGGUGUGAUGGGAGUAAGAGGCCGAUUUGCCCGAUGAAGUAUCAAAUAUGUAUCGCAGCAGUGCUGUGUUCCAAGACUCCCA